AUGUCUGACGCCCAAGCCGCCCAAGUCACCGAAAAUGGCGUGCCUCCGGCUACUCAAGACCUUGUCAUCGAAGAAGCCCCAGUUUUCAAGAUCUUCGUUGGCAACCUUGCGUACUCCACCACGGACGAAGGGCUGAAGGCUUUCUUUGCACCCGUACAGAGCGACAUUGUUUCAGUUCAGGUCAUCAAACGCGGUCAAAGACCCGCAGGUUAUGGCUUUGUCGCCAUGUCCAGCGCAGAAGCCGCUCAAAAGGCAAUCGAGGUCCUCGCCGACCAGGAACUCGACGGUCGCAAAGUCAUCGUCGAAAUUGCCAAACCUGCCGACCAGAAGGACAGAAGAGAGAGAAGGACCAAAAGGCGUCCUGGCAGGCGCGGUAGCAAGCCCGUCCCCGGCGAGGUCACCGAGGCCGAGGCAAAUGGCGACAUCAAAACCGAUGACGCUGUUGCCGACGCCGAACCGGGAUCCAGCGAAGGGUCUAAGCCAAAGAAGAAGAAAAAGAAGACCAAUCGUAAACCCAAGCGCAAGGCUGCCCCCGCAGACGCUUUGCAGGAGGCCAUUGUUGGGCUAUCUGCCGUGGAGACUGUCCCAACGGACGCUCCCGCUGCGCCCAAGAGGCAGCCGCGCAGAAGGCCGAGGCCCCCCCGCCCACAACGUCCCAUUGGCGAGGACCCCGUCGGCGAACCUUCCAAGACUAUGUUAUUUGUUGCCAACCUCGGCUUCAGCAUCGACGAUGAGGGACUGUCUGCCCUCUUCACUGAGGCCGACAUUACUGUCGUCUCUGCACGCGUCGUACGCAGACGGUGGGGGCACUACCGGAAAAGUAAGGGUUACGGCUUUGUCGACGUUGGCAGCGAAGAGCAACAGCAGAAGGCAAUUGAAGCCCUCCAAGGCAAGGAAGUGGGAGGGCGUACCAUCGCAGUCAAGAUCGCGGUCAACACUCACAAGCCGGAUGAAGCCAGGGAGGACGGCCUCAGCAAGAGUCUUUUCGAGCGCGCGAAACAAGACAAGGAUGCUGGGGCGAACAAAGCACUCGGUAUCAUGAUGAAGAUGGGAUUUCAACUAGGCCAGUCUCUAGGAAGGCCCGAAGACAGCCCGCCAACCAAAGUGGCUACCCUGCCUGAUGCAUCCGAACACUCUGCCUCAUCUACCGAUACAUCGAAGCCAAAACACAAGGUCGAGCCGCUACCUUUGAACGAAUGGGCAGGCAAGAAAGGUAUAGGUCUAGGGAAACGGUCGAGAUCACCUGGUGCCUCCGAGCGUAUCGCCAAGAUGGCGAAGAUGGCGGAGGAGGCCGAGCAAGAAAGCUUUAGGGACCGCUCUCGACGAGAGUACGAGCAGAGGCACGCCGAAUCACAUCUCGCGCUUUCUCAACGGACAUGCUCCAACCUGGAUGAAGAAGCGGGUAUUUCGUUUAAUGUCUUUUGGCUCAAUCCCAACGAUCCCGACACAAUCCCCCCUGCGUUGUUCGAUGCUCUUUCGGGAUCUUUCUAUCCCCCACCAGGGCCUGGUAGUAGCGGCGAAGCUACCCGACUCCGUAACCAGAUGCAAGCGGAUGCAUUGGUAUCGAUGGGUAAUAACAUCAAUGAUGAUGACGAUCUCGUAAAUGAGAGGCAACCAGGGCCGCAGCACCAAGAGGUGUUUACACCCGAGACGGUCCAAGAGGCCGUGCAUUUUCUACGCUUAGGGCCUGGCGACCGACUCAGCCUAGUACUAGCCUACCUUCGCGAAGAAUAUAUGUACUGUCUUUGGUGUGGAACUCGGUACGAGGACUACGACGACCUCAAGCAGCAUUGUCCGGGGCCGGGAGAAGAGGAUCAUGAUUAG